GGGCAGGCAGCUUUUACUCGGCUGGGAGCGGCAGCGAAUCUAAGGAGCCGAGGCCGGGGCUCCGGGGGCAGGAGCUGCGGGAACAGUUCCGAAAGCCGCAGCAGCGCCGCCGGAAGCGGGACCUCUUCGGGCCUGCACGAUGGCCCAUCUCCUGGGGAACCAAAGCUGCAUGGACAGCCUGAGGAAGGACAUCACCGACCUGCAAGGAACCAUCGUGGACGUCUUCUCCCGAGCGGGGGCAGUGCGCUUCCCCUCCUGGAAGUUCCCUGACAAAGUGUCCUGUGACCUGGACUUGGUCUCUCUCCUGGAACACUACGACCACGUGGAAGGGAACCCCGAGUUCACGCAGCUUUCCCACAUCGUGCUCCUGGAGCUGGUGAUUGACAGGUGA